AUGUCAAUUUCAACAUCAUCAGCUUCAACUAACAUCGAAUCGAACGUUAAAAAAUCUCUUUCUAUUUUACAACAAGUUCAAAACAAAAGAACCAGCGACGAUAUCAAAAAAACUUAUGGACAAAUUUAUUUUGACUUUCAAGCCACCACGCCUUUAGAUAAGCGUGUUUUGAAUGCAAUGAUGCCUGCUUUUACCACUGAUUUCGGAAAUGCUCAUUCUAGAACGCAUAAUUAUGGAUGGAAAGCUUUUAAUAGUGUGGAAAAUGCGCGGCGUCAAAUUGCAGAUUUAGUAAAUGCUAAGCCUACAGAAAUUAUUUUCACUAGUGGAGCAACAGAGUCUAAUAAUCUUGCGUUGAAAGGGAUCGCUGAGUAUCACGGUAAAAACCAUAAAAAAAAGCAUAUUAUUACGUUACAAACUGAACAUAAAUGUGUCUUGGCUUCCACUAAGUAUUUAGAAACUGAAAAAGGCUGGGAUGUUACUUAUUUGAAAGUAAAACCUAAUGGAUUAGUUGAUUUGGAAGAACUCGAAAAAGCAAUUCGAGAUGACACUGCUUUGAUUUCUAUUAUGAUGGUAAAUAACGAAAUUGGUGUUAUUCAGCCCAUAAAAAAAAUUGCAAAAAUAGCUCACAGAUAUGGUGUUUUAUUGCAUACUGAUGCUGCUCAAGCACUUGGAAAAAUUCCAAUCGAUGUUAACGACAUGGGUAUAGAUCUAAUGAGCAUGAGUGGACAUAAGCUUUACGGUCCAAAAGGCAUUGGAGCUUUAUAUAUUAGAUCAAAGCCCAGAGUUAGAUUAACUCCUCAAAUUCAUGGUGGUGGCCAAGAACGCGGUUACAGAAGCGGAACACUACCAGUUCCACUAUGUGUUGGAUUUGGUGAAGCUUGCAAAAUAAGUAAAGUCGAAAUGGAAGAAGAUAACAAGCGAAUAGUCGCUUUACGCGACCGAUUUUUAAACUAUGUAAAAAAAAAUUUAUCACAUGUGAUUGUAAACGGAGAUGAAGAAAACAGAGUUCCUGGAAAUAUUAACAUCUCGAUCGCAGGAGUUGAAGGAGAAAGUCUAAUCCUGGCUAUGAAAGAAGUAGCCGUCAGCAGCGGAAGUGCUUGCACAAGUGAAAGCUUAGAGCCUUCUUACGUUCUAAGGUCUAUUGGAGUGGAUGAAGCUCUUGCACACACCAGUAUUCGAUUUGGAAUAGGCAAAUACACUACUGAAGCAGAAAUAGAUCGUGCUGCCGAACUUUUAGUAGCUUCAGCUAAAUAUUUACGUGAAUUCAGUCCGUUAUGGGACGAAGAACUAGGCAGUUCUACCUCCGAAUUAGUUUGGACAUAA